AUGCUUAAGGAACUGAAGAAUCUUAUCCAGAAAGGCUCUGGUUGGAUUUUUUUAGAAGUGACCAAGAUUGAGCUGCACACUGUAAAAUAUCAACCACUUUCAGGAUCUUCCUAUAUCCCUUUACCCCAACAGAUUCAAAGGAAAAAAGCGGUGAUCAAUGUACAAAAUACUGAUCAGCUUUGCUUCAGAUACUCUGUUGAAGCUGCCUUGUUAAAUAUUCCGAAGCAUACAGAAUAUGUGUCAAAUUACAACCGAUCUGAAUUCGAUCACAUGUUCAAAGGUCUUGACUAUCCAGUUACUCUUAAAGAUAUUGACAAAUUUGAGAAGAACAAUCCUGGCCUUGGAGUCAAUGUGUUUACAUUUACCCCUAGACAGAUAGUCUUCAAAAAGGGUGAAGAAACUACCAUUUACCCAGCUAGAGUCUCUGAAAGAAUUCUAGCGGAAGACAAGUACAUUAAUCUCCUACAUUACAAAGAAGAUGGCACAUCAGAAAAUGAGAGCAUGGAAGCUGUCAAAGACAAUGCUAAUUACCAUUAUGCGUGGAUCAAAAAUUUCUCAAGGCUUGUAUCUGCCUCACAUUCAAAACACAAUGGACAGGUCAAAGUAUGCUUCAGAUGCAUGAAAGUUAUUUCAGCAUCAACGAGCGAACUCCUUGAUAAAUGGUACCAUGAACAUCUUGAUAACUGUGUACAGUUUGAAUGUGUCAAAGUUAGGAUGCCUUCAGAUGGAAAGAACAACUUGCUAUUCACUAACUUGAAAGCACAACAAAAACAUCAAGUUGUGAUCAUCGCUGACUUUGAAUGUUCACUAAAAAAAGUCAACCAAAAUCUUGGCGAAAAAACAGUUCAAAACCAACAGCAUAUUCCAAACAGUUAUGCGAUCUAUAUCCAGUAUGAUCAGUCGCAAAUAGCGAGGAAAAAUAAGAUGUUUACCUAUAUUCAGCAGGCAGAAGAUGAAGACAUUGGUGAACACUUUGCCAAUACAGUAACUUCUAUCUGUGAGCAGAUUGGAUCAAAAAUUCUAUUCAAUCCUAAGCCAAUGGAUGCUUUGACUCAACAGCAGCAAACUACUUACAAUUUUGCUAGAAACUGUUAUCUCUGUGACAAAAUGUUCACAGCACAAAAUUUCAAAGUUCGUGAUCACAAUCAUUUCACAGGUGAAUACAGAGGAGCAGUGCAUAGAAAUUGUAAUCUACUCUUCAAUUCUCCAAAGUUCAUACCUGUAUACUUUCACAAUUUGUCAGGCUAUGAUGCACAUCUGUUUGUGAAAAAUUUAAAAGGGAGACUGAACGUCAUCGCCUCAAACUCUGAAAAUUACAUAUCUUUCAGCAAGGUCUUACCUAUCAAUGAUGAUCAAAUUGAAAUAAGAUUCCUUGACUCUUACAGGUUAAUGCAGUCUUCACUAGCAAAUCUAGCUAAGAAUUUGCCUAAUCAGCAAAAGAAAAAUUUAGCUACAAAGUUUAAUGGUGAACACUUUGACCUCGUAACAAGAAAAGGUGUCUAUCCUUAUGAAUGGGUUGACUCAUACAAAAAAUUUCAACGUAAACAAUUACCAUCCAUUGAAGAAUUUUAUUCCACCUUCAAUGGUACCAAAAUUUCCCAAGAGGAGUACCUACAUGCCCAACAUGUGUGGGAUAAGUUCAACUGUCAAACCUUCCAAGAAUAUCACAAGUUAUACCUUGAAACCGAUGUUCUACUCCUAGCUGACAUUAUUGAAAACUUUAGACAGACCUGCAUGAACAUCUAUAAUUUAGACCCCGCAUUCUUCUUCACAUCUCCAGGUCUGUCAUGGCAAGCGAUGCUUAAAAUGACGAAGGUUGAAAUCGAACUCAUCACAGAUGUGGACAUGUACAAUUUCUUCGAAUUAGGUAUUCGUGGAGGAGUAUGUCAAGCAAGUCACAGAUAUGGCAAAGCAAAUAAUCCACUCCUGAAAGACUAUGAUGAAAAUCAACCUACAAGUUACAUCACCUAUGUUGAUGCUAACAACUUGUAUGGUGUCGCCAUGGGUCAAGAUUUACCAGUUAGAAAUUUCAAAUGGAUGAAGGACUUUUCCCAGUGGCAAGACACCGCCUGCACGCUUGAAGUUGACCUAGAAUAUCCAGUCCAUCUUCACCAGCUUCACAAUGAUUAUCCUCUUGCUCCUGAGCACAAGAAUGACAAGCUCAUUCCUAAUUUGCAAGACAAGAAAAACUAUAUUGUGCAUCACAAGAUCUUGAAGUUCUAUUUGAGUCAAGGUCUCAAACUGACUAAGAUCCACAGAGGUGUAAGUUACGAAGAGUCUAACUUCUUGAAAGAAUACAUUGACUUCAACACAAGCCAACGUGCAAAUGCCAAAAAUGACUUCGAAAAAGACUUCUUCAAAUUGAUGAACAAUGCGAUAUUUGGGAAAACUAUGGAGUCAGUAAGGCGUAGAAAAGAUAUUACAUUAGCCACAACUGCCGAUCAGCUUCGAAAAUAG